AUGGUUGAAACUGGGGUUGCUAAUGUUGCUGUAGAAACUGGAAAGCAUAUACAUACAGACCAAGGUCAUAUUCUUGAACAAAUCGACGGAGAUGUGCAGUCUGUGAAUGUUCUCGAAGGCAUAAUGAAAAAUGCACAAAGGAAUAAUAAUAAAGCUAAAACAUUCUCAGAAGUAGCAGAACCUAAAAAGGAGAAGUAUUCAGAAGAACCAUCGGCAAAAAGAGCGAAGUUAUCAGCUGUUGAAUCGAAAUUAUCUUUUGAUCCGGAUGUCUAUAGGCAGUACCACGAAGCCAAAGAUCGAGUACGAGAUUUCUACAAAGAACAGCAUGAGAAGCAAACUAUGGCUUAUAACUUACAGGCACGAAUUAACUUCAAGACUAAAGUACGAGCGAAGAUGACAAUAUGGGACGCCUUGUGUAAAUUGUCAAAGUUGAUUGAUGAUUCUGACCCAGAUACGGAACUGUCGCAGAUUGAUCAUGCUAUACAAACUGCGGAGGCUAUAAGGGAAGACGGCAAACCCAGAUGGAUGCAGUUGGUUGGUUUAAUUCACGAUCUUGGAAAGAUUUUGUAUUUUUUUGAUAGCGAAGGUCAGUGGGAUGUGGUAGGUGAUACAUUUCCCAUAGGAUGUAAGUUUUCUGAGAAAAUUAUAUUUCAUGAGUUCUUCCAAAAUAAUCCAGAUAGGAAUCACCCCAUAUAUUCACAGAAGCUGGGUAUAUACGAAGAGAAUUGUGGUCUGAGUUCAGUAAUGAUCUCAUGGGGACAUGAUGAAUAUAUGUACUAUCUUGCAAAAGGUCAGUCGGUUUUGAAUGAACAAGCGUUGGCAAUGAUAAGAUACCAUUCAUUUUAUCCAUGGCACAGAGAAGGAGCAUAUCGCUAUUUAAUGAAUGAAAAUGAUUAUAAGAUAUUAGAGUCGGUUCAGGCUUUCAAUAAGUACGACUUGUAUUCUAAGGGUACUAAAAGACAUGACAUUGAGGAACUUAAGAAAUAUUACCUCGACUUAAUUGACGAGUAUUUUCCCACCAAGCUCGUUGAAUUUUAA